UUAUAUUACCUUUUUCUCCUCUCUUCCAUAUAUAAAUCUCCUCUUCUUCACGUUUUCUCUUCCUAAAUAAAAAGACAGACAGAGAGAAGCAAUGGCUAAUACUAUAAACAGUUCUAAGAGAGAUAUGGAUCGGGUUAAAGGUCCAUGGAGCCCCGAAGAAGAUGAGCUUUUACAGCAACUUGUUCAGAAACAUGGCCCUAGAAAUUGGUCUCUUAUAAGCAAAUCUAUUCCGGGGAGAUCCGGCAAAUCUUGCCGGUUGAGGUGGUGUAAUCAGUUAUCUCCUCAGGUAGAGCAUAGGGCUUUUACUCCUGAAGAAGAUGAGACUAUUAUUCGGGCUCAUGCCCGAUUCGGUAACAAAUGGGCAACCAUAGCCCGGCUUCUUAAUGGGCGGACUGAUAACGCUAUUAAGAAUCACUGGAACUCUACUUUGAAGAGGAAGUGCUCUUCGCUUAGUGCAGAUGAAGGUAACGAACUCGCCGAUCAAAUAUUUGAAAAUCAGCAACCGCCCUUGAAGAGAUCUGUCAGUGCCGGAUCCGCUAUGCCGGUUUCCGGUUUUCAUUUCAGUCCGGGUAGUCCAUCGGGUUCGGAUAGUGAUUCGAGUCUUCAUGUUACGUCUUCAUCUCAAUCUCAUGUGUUUAAGCCUGUUGCUAGAACCGGCGGCGUAUUUCCGCCGUCGAUUGAUAUCUCAUCUCCGCCGAUUGAUCCUCCCACCUCUCUCAGCCUUUCGCUUCCUGGUGUUGACUCAGCCGAGUUCUCUAAUCGUUCGGCCGAUUCGACUCAGUCGAAAAAUCCUUUUCAGUUGUUGCAUCAAGCGAUGCAGAUUCCUCCAACGCCGCCACUUCAGGCCACGGCGGUGCCAUUCGAACGAGUUUCUGCAAUCCAACAGUCUCAUCAGAACCCUGCAGGAGGAGCAGAACAACAAGACAAGGUUUUUGUGCCGUUUAGCCAGGAGUUGUUAGGGGUGAUGCAGGAGAUGAUAAAGACAGAGGUGAGGAACUACAUGAUGGGAAUUGAACAAAAGCAUCAGCAUUAUCAACAACAUCAGCAGUUUCAGCAACAAAGCCAUAAACAACCAAGUGGUUUAGGGCUUGGAUUGUGUAUGCAACAAGCUGCUUCUGAUGGAUUCAGGGAUAGAGCUGCUAAUCGCAUGGGACUAAGCAAAUUCGAUUAGGGAUAUAUACGAGGAGAAAGAAACCGCCUUUGUUUCCUUCUAUCUUUGUUUUUAGGGCACAUGUUGGCUUUAAGCUUCAACUGUUGAAUCGUCGUCAAAAGAAGAAAUAGGUUUUGGUGGAGUGUUGUACAGGGCCAGGGAGAGUAUAAACCCAUGUUCCAAUGAUGGCAGAAAUGCAAAGGCUGGAACAAAUAAGAAAAAAAAUAUCAAAAAGAAUUUUAAAAAAAUACGUUUUGUUAAUUUAUAUUCAGGCAGAUUUAGAAACCAAGAAAAACUAGUUAAAAGUAAAUAUGUUUUGAGAACACUUCUACCGCCAAGGGAAGGAAUGAUUUGAAUGAAGCACAGUUAUUAACUUUAUUA